CAUGGCCGUCGGAUUGGAGCCGCUACGAACUUAGCGUAAAUAUAGCGAGAGACAGCGAGCGCGCGCAGGGGAGGACAAAGUGAAUUCAUCUUGUUCUUCGUAUUCUUGGCUAAUUUUCAGCAGGAAAAACUCUCUGAAGACCUUGAAUUGUAGUUGGGAGAAGGCGCGGAUAAGGGGGAGAUCGGCCAUGGGACAAGUAUUUCGGAAGCUCUUUGACACCUUCUUCGGGAACAAAGAAAUGAGGGUUGUGAUGCUUGGACUGGAUGCAGCGGGUAAGACAACUAUAUUGUAUAAGUUGCACAUUGGAGAAGUUCUAUCUACAGUUCCAACAAUUGGUUUCAAUGUCGAGAAAGUUCAGUAUAAAAAUGUGAUUUUCACAGUCUGGGAUGUUGGUGGGCAACAGAAAUUGAGGCCCUUGUGGAGGCAUUACUUCAACAAUACUGAUGGAUUGAUCUAUGUGGUUGAUUCUUUGGACAGAGAAAGAAUUGGACAAGCCAAAGCCGAGUUUCAGGCAGUUAUCAAUGACCCCUUGAUGCUCAAUUCUGUCAUACUAGUAUUUGCUAACAAGCAGGACAUGAAAGGCGCAAUGACUCCAAUGGAGGUCUGUGAGGGCCUAGGCCUCUAUGACCUUAAAAAUCGAAUAUGGCACAUUCAAGGAACAUGUGCCCUUAAAGGUGAUGGCCUUUACGAGGGUUUGGACUGGCUGGCAAGUACACUGAAGGAACUACAAGCUUCUGGACGCCCAACUUCCAUUGGCACUUCAACAUUCUGAUAGCAAAAUUAAAGAAUCUCUGAGAUCUUCAGGCACGCGAUAUGCUCCCAUGGAUGAGGUCGCAUGUUUGAGGUUUUUGUGUAUGGAGUGUGUAAAUUACUUAAAAAAAGAAAUGGAAUUUUGUUUAUUAUCACUAAUAUUUUAUGAGGGUUUUUUUUUAAAAAUCUUUUUGUGUAAAUAGACUAAUUGUUUUGGGAUUUAUUAAAUUCUGAAGUUGAUUUU